UCUCUCCCCUCCCUUUCCGUGGCCCAGGCGGAUCAUAAUCCUUCGAUCUGCAGCUACAAUUUCGUCCCCAGCGCCCACUUCCACACAUCUGGGUCUUCCACCUUCCCAAAAAUCCCACCUUUUUCUGGGACGAAUAACUCGGACGCUUCUGCGGCACUGCUGUGCUUGGGCUCGCCUUGUAGCCCUUCUGGAUUUGGCGCCGGUGCGCCGCACUGGAUGGGUUGGCGGUUUCGACGAUGCUGAAUCCGCUGCGGCGGCGCUGCUGAGAUGGAUGAGAGGGAGCGGUGAUGUUGGACUUGGAGGUGUAUCAGAUCCGAUAUUAUCCAUUUUGAAGCCUAAAGUUGAAUUCGACUUCGAAAAACACACUUCAUUUUGGAUGGCUUGCCUGAAACAAUCGCCACAUGACAAUUGCUGCAGUGAUGUGGAGCUACUCUCCAUGUACUUUAUGAUUUAAGCAGAAUCAUAACCAAUUUGCAGAAGCUUGUUCCUUUCAUGAUUGGUUUAGAGAUUGCAGGAAUGGCAACAAAAGUACAAGGAAAAAACUACCUUCCAGGAUACUUUUUCUUACAUGAUGUUAAGGAAGAUACCAGUAGCUGGUCUGGUUACUAUCGAGAUAAACAGUUAAGUGUGAAUCUCAAUAAUGGUUAUAUAGCAAGGUCUGCAUUUGGGUUCUCUGAACACGAUAAAGUGAUGCUAAAACAGACAAUGCUUGAACAUGAAGUGAUAUUCCAUAAACAGGUGUAUGAACUUCAUCGUCUCUAUAAAAUACAAAAGGACCUAAUGACUGAGUUUCAAACUAAAGGCUUUCACGGAUAUCCUAUUGUUCCAGAAGUAUCGCAUUCAAAUCCUUUCGCAACUCAAAUAGGACAAGAAUGCCCUGAAAAGAAACCACAGAUGGCUCACUUUAUAGGAAACACCAAUCAUGGAAAGACACCACUUGCUGGUAUUGAGAGGUUCCAUUUUAGCUCAAGGAAGGAAGGUAGUGUUCAUUCUUCUCCCAUCUCAUUAUUUAAUGGAGUUUCUGAAAAGGAUGAUAAGGAAUUAGAUUACCUGCCUCGGAAAAGGAGGAAGUUUGAUCUUCAACUUCCAGCUGAUGUGUAUAUAGACAUUGAUGAUACUGAAGGCUCUAAUAAGAAAAAUUUUUCUGAACAUUCUUAUAGUGCUAAAGAUCCCAAGAAUGGAGCUUGUUCUCUCUAUUUUGAGAAUGAUGUUAAGCUAAGUCUAGGGAGUACUCAUAAAGAAGACCAUAAUGUGGUGAACUCACCAAUACAUACCAACAUGUCAACCGACAUAGUCAAUUUAAAUGCACCUACAACCGAUGUUGAUUUUGGAGGUCCUUCAGAUUCAGCAUCUGUACAAUUUCUUGGUUCGAGGAUGCAAAGCCAAUGGAAUAAGCUGCACCAUUCAUCUGUGAGAUCGUAUACUAGUAUCAGUGAUGGGCGUGGUGAUCAGCUGACUACAUCAGAUUAUUUGUAUACAGAUGUUGACCGAAAAAGAGGAUGGCCUGGAAAACAUAGGAGUACUACGGAUUUUCUUGCUCGGACUUCUGAUAGUGAGAACAUGGAAACAUCGCAAGGGACAUUGCCUUUGAACACUAGUACUAGAACUAAUGUUAUGCUUCCAUUUGAUCGCAAUAGCCCAGAGAUAUGGCCUGGGCCAAAGUUAUCUGAUAGAUUCUCAAAUUCAGUUCUGAUGUCUCCUCAAGUGCCUGCUUCAAUCAAAGCUAAGGCCGACGUAGUCCGUUGUGCACCUUCGUCUGUUUCAUCUUGGAGAAAACCUUCCACCAGCACAAAGGACAAGCCAGUUACAGUUCAAUCACUUCCUUCUUUAUGCCGGUCAUUGAAUCAUAGUAAGAAGAGUUUGAGUCUCAAGACAGAUGAUCAAAUUCCCAUCACUUGUGAGAAGAGGGAGAGCAUUUGGCACUUGACUGCCAGCCUUGAACCUGUUACUUUUGUGUCUCAUACAAAUAUACUUCACCUUGGCCUUCACAAUGAUGAUAAUGAAACUCGUCAUAGUAAUCUACUAAAGGACCAUCAGAAUGGUUACCUGAGAAGGGACCUGAAAACCUCAAAGAAUAUGAACUUAAAUGAAUCAUAUCGAGGUGGCAUUAAAGGUAAGCAUAGUUAUCUUGCUGAUAACAAAUAUAGCAAAUUGUCAGAGGGGCCUUCUUGGUUUAGCAAUACAUCCUUAGACGAAUCCGAUGUCACAAAGAAGCAUGCCUCAAGGGUGGAUGUUAGCUUAUCGAAUGAACACAUGCAGCUGGAAUCAAGUGCCGAUGCUGAAAUAUUUGGUAGAAAGAACAGGGAAAAGAUUAGGAAUCAAAUUAAUCUGAAUGUGGAGUUUGCAUGUGUAGAUGGUCCUAUGCCUUUAGAGGAACUCCAUGAUUGUGAGGUAGUGACUUCAUCGCACUCUGCGCCAAUCUUUGAUGCAAAAAUGUGUAGCUUAAGUAAGCACAAACAGACAACCUUGAGCAAGAAAGAUGGUUCAGAAGAACAGGACCCCUCGGGGGAUUCACUUCGACUAGCUGCCCAAAAUUUAAUUGCUCUCUCUAUGGAUUGCCAUGGUAGCUCGGACGGGAUUACUCCAAGCAUGUUGGAGCCUUCAUCUGACAAUCUGUCAUGGUUUGCAGAGGUUGUAUUCUGCAGUGCAGAAGAUCCAAAGAUAUGCGAGGACAAUGGCUUUGAUCUCUUUGAGACCAUGACUCUAAAUCUGAAAGAGGUUAAGACGAAUCGAUGCUGGCCUAAAGAAAGCGAGAAAAAAGAUGAGACAAAAGAGAGAGACAGCACAGGAGCUGCGUCGAUGCUUUUCACAAAGCCUCGGCGUGGCCAGGCCAGAAAGAGGAGGCAAAAAAGGGACUUCCAGAAAGAUAUCCUUCCAGGCCUUGCAUCACUGUCAAGGCAUGAAGUGACUGAGGAUCUUCAAAAUAUUGGCAGGAUGGUGAAGGCCUCCGGUAAGCCUUGGAAGACAGGCAUAACUAGAAGAAACAAAUGUCUAAAUGGAGCAACAUCUCAAACGAGUUAUACUGAAAUAAGAGAUAGCGAAAGGAGUCUGAUCGGAUGGGGAAAGACCACAAGGCGUUGCCAUCGACCGAGAUGUCCUCCCGGCACUCUUCCUACUUUGAGUUGAAAAGGAGCACUAUGCUCUCCAAGAACAAGGUAUAGAGGAAUUACUUACAUAGUGCAGAUACACAAGUUAUGGAUACUGCAUUUAUGCACUGAAUACUUAGAGCCGCAUCUAGUCCGAUACGAUAAUAGUUGUUCCAUAUCAAGUUCGACCCAGCGUGUCCUAUGGAUUGGGCUAGGCAAUGAUGGUUGACUCCUAAAGUACAAGAAAGAACUAAUCAUUUGUUUAUCGAAUAAGGAUGUAGAGCAUCCAUGCUAGCUUUGCUUCA